UACAUUUUGAGUGCGAAAGCCUAGUAAAAUAAGCUAUUUAUUUUAAUUUCAGUAUUUAUGUCUAUUCUAAGUUAAAAUAGUAUUUAUUACAUCAUGGAUAUAACACCAAAUGGAUCGUCAAAUCGUGAUUCUAUGUUAUGCUGCCGCGCUUGCCUGUCCACCGAACGCAAACUGUUUAAUAUCCAUGAAUCCAAGCUUACCGACGCCUUUUCUCACAUCUCGGGGACUCCUGUGUACCAGGACUAUCUCCCGCAGUUCCUGUGCACAUUCUGCCGCACCAUGCUGAUCAAAUGUGCUUCCUUUAGGGAGAUGUGUCUCCGCACACAGCAGAGCCUCACAGCAGAGCUGUACAAGGAAGCGUUGAAUACAGAGUAUAUCAGCAGUAUACCCUCCCAUAGCAUUUACAACCUAACUAUAACUCAAUUAGAACCUCAAGAAUGCCUAGACACACCUCUACCUGACGUAGACAUAAAAGUCGAACCAAACAUAGACAUUGUUGACAUAGACAGUAUUAUAAAGAACGACCUUAAAGUAGAAUUAGAAAAAGAAGAAAUUAAUGACAAAGAUAAAGAUAUAAUAUUUGUAAAAGACGUUGAAAGUGUUAAAAAGAAAAGGAAAAGGUCUACAGGUAAGAAGAAUAAAAAAUUAGAUAGUGACUAUGAUGAACUAGAUGACAUAGAUGAUGACAGUAUCAGUAAUGUCAGUCUAGAAGAUAAAAAGGAAGUAUAUGAAGAAAUGGAAUAUGAUGAUAAUGUAUAUAGAAAGAAUGGUAAAUCUAAAGUGAAGAAAAAAGAAAGAAAAGGAAAGAAGGUGGUUGUAGUUAAAAAUAAUAAAAACAAAGUUGUUCGCUCAAAAGAGGUUACAAAGAAGACGGGGGCGAAAUAUCCCAGAGAUCCCACAAAUGACAUGCCGCUGUUUGAUUUUGAAAAGUUUGAGAAGACUCAUGAUGUACAAAUUGUUACUUUGAGCAAGGAGGAGCAGCUGGAAGAGGUCGCCUCGCGCAAGAAGUCCCGCAACUACUUGGAGUCCCGGUUCCGGUGCGAGGACUGCGGGAAAGGCUUCGACGCUGAGGCCGCCUACAAUAACCACCUACUGCGGCAUAGUCCAAGCAUGGGCCAGCACCCCUGUGAGAUCUGUUCCGUUCGCUUCAAGCUCAAGUGCCGGCGCCAGCAGCACCAGGACCUGCACCGGCUCAAGUUCCUCUGCAAAGAAUGCAGCUUUGUCUCCAGAACCAGGAGUCAAGCAAAAAGACAUCACGCCAUGCACGCAGGGAAAACUUACGAGUGCCAACACUGCGGGAAGACGUUCAAGAUGAGUUCGACGUACCUGACGCACGUGCGGCGCGCGCACGCCGCGCUGAACGUGGCGUGCGACGUGUGUGGAGAGACCUUCGUAGGGGAAAAGGGGCUCAAACUACACAAGAAAAGGACACACUCUGAGAAUAUGCCACUGAGACUCAAGUGCGGUAUCUGCUCAGCUCACUUCUACAGCGUUGAAGCUCUGGACAGACACACAGACACGGCCGGCGAGCACGGAGCCCUGCGGCCGUGCGAGCAGUGCGGCGAGAACUGUGCGAGCGAGGAGGCGCUACACAAGCAUGUGGGGGAGAUGCAUCCAUCGGAAUUGCGUCGGUGUGAAGAGUGCGGGUUGACGUUUCCCUCUGCGGCCUCGUACGACACCCACCACCGUCGCAAGCACCUGCAGCGCUACAAGGAGCGGAGCGUCCUGCGCAAGCGCCGCGCGCCCCGCGCCCCGCCGCCCCGCGGGCAGUUCGUGUGCGAGCAGUGCGGACGCAUACUGCCGAACGCGACCCUGCUCCGUUACCACCAGCGCACGCAUCAAGACGUGAAGCCGUACGCCUGCACCGAGUGCCCGAAGACCUUCGCCUUGAAGUCUUCAUUAAACUUCCACAUGCGUUCCCACACCGGCGAGAGACCGUUCCAGUGCCCGCUGUGCCCGCUCGCCUUCACCGUGAAGGCCAACCUCAACAGACACCACAGAACGGCGCACUUGAAGCUGCACCCGCGCAUCCCGUGCUCGAUCUGCGGACGCGUGUUCACGACCAACUCGUGCGUGCGCGUGCACAUCAACACCGUGCACCACGGCCAGCCGGGACCCAAGCGGGACCGGCGCAAGCGCAAGAAACCGGACUCACCCUGUACCAUCUCUAGUCUUACACAAUAGUGUUACUUUACUCGCCCAGUACCAUCUCUUUAGUCUGUAUCUUUAGGUAUUUAAAUAAAAGAAUAAAUAGUAUAGAGGGGUCCUGUCAUAGUAAAUGUAGUCAAUGUAAAUGUACUGCCAUCUAUCGACACACGACUGUAACUCAAAAUAAACACGUAUAAAAUUAUCAAAAAAAUUAAUAUAUAUGGAUAAAUGAUUUUAUUAUUUUUAUAUCAUUUUGACCCAUGUUCAUUAACAGGUGUCUAUGUGUUAAAAUUGUUAAAUAUGAAAUGGUGUCGUCACGCCAUCUAGCCGAGCAUAGGCCAAAGGUGUGUGCGGCAUCUAUCCGAGAAUGACUUUUUCUUGAUUUCCGAGGCACGUUUUUUUCUUAGACUUUAUUCAUCUUAUACGAAGUUACAUAUGUCUUUGAUAAAAGUAAACAAACAAUAGAGAAUACUACGCAAAACUCUACGUAAAUGGCGUCACUACGUUACUCUAGGCUAUAGGGAGAGUAAUAUUCCCUAUUUGUACAUUUUCGGGUAGUUAUAACAUUUAUUGGUUAACCAACGAAAUACAAAACCGUCUGGCUCAGUCACUGAACGACCUGACUUUAACCUGUUUAACCUACAUUAUUUGAUCAUGUAAUGUUUUCAUCUACCCUCAACUGGCUUAAAGAGUCAUUUGAAGGUAAAUUUGUUUACUUUUUUUAAAUACCUAACGAUACAG